AACACCCUGUACCCGGAAGUUAAACUUGUAAACAUGGCUGACACUGAAAGCGAAACAAAAAUUGAAUAUCUUCCUCUAGAUACAGCAUGUGAUGAAAAGGAAAAAGAUGGAUUUGUCCGGGUGAUUGUGAAAGUGAAAAACUUGAAAACAUCAACUAAUAUUGUAAGAAAAGGACUUCUCCUUAAAACAGUAAAGAAGCCAUCUAAUGCAAAAAUAGAUACGGUGUUUGAAAAUCAAGGUUUUUGUUUGACUGUGAAUGGUGAGAAAGGAGACCUGAAGGGAAAGAAUUAUCAGUUAAAGAUUAAGAAGCUUCCUCAUGAAAUAGACAGUGAUAAAAGUUAUUAUGAGGUGGAUGAGAACAGGGUUUUGUUGUUCUUGUGUAAGAAACAGAACAAAUCCUGGUACCCGGAGCUAAAUAAUGGGCUUGAAACUGCUGAAGAGGAGGAAGAAGAGGGGAACCAGUUGGACGGGAAUCAGCAAGGCCAGCAAGAGGGGAACCAGCAGGAAGAGAAGUAGCAUUAGGGGAACCAGUAUGAACUAUAGGGAGGAGGAUCAGUGAUGUAGAUGUAACUAAAUAUUGUGUACAAAUAUAAAUGUAAACUGUGAUUUGAUACAGUGUAUUGUAAAUGUACAAAUUAAACAACCAUCUUUAUACUCAAGAGAGAUAACUUCCAUGUAUGGAGUCAGAUAUGAAGGUGUAAUUUCUAUUAAUACAAUGCUGUCAGUUAGUUCUGUUUAUUUCUUUAA